AUGCGCAUUAUCGCGGUCCUGCUGCUUUUGGCUACGGUCGCCAACUGUGAUUAUGUCGAUGAUAUAUGGGAUCGUCGCCCGUGCAACAAAACAUCCGAUUGCGUGCCGGGUAGAACUUGUCGACCGUCUGGAGACUUCGUCUCGAGGAUGAUGUGCCUGAAGCCGGAUGAAUAUCCUGAGAUCGUAGAGAAAUCCCGAAAGCCCCCUUUCAUUCCGAUGCGCCCACUCCUGGCCCUUUUGCUUCUGGCUACGGCAGCGAACUGCGAGUAUUGGACUUGCAAUAUGGACGCUGACUGCCCUGCGGGAAGAGCGUGCCGAAAGACGUACCACAACUUUCCACUGAAGUCGUGUCUGAGACCGCGAGAAUAUUUUGUCGAGGAACACCGAAAUUCCAAGGAGAUUCGGUGCGUGACGGAUCAGGAAUGUCCGCCGGAUGACGAGAAAACACAAAAUUGGACUUCUUUGACGCUUGCGGUAUUAUUGUUGACUAUCGUCAAUCUUGGUAUAAUUAUAACCAUUAGAUGGUUAUUGGAUACGACAGAUGAGAAUCAUCAUCCGAGGGUUGAUGAAGCCCUCCGCGAAAAACUUACCGUUUUCUUGGGUGUUUUCUCGAUGACUUUUUGUUUUGGUUGUUGGUGCUGUUGCUGUUGUGGAGGGGUGCUUUGUCGAUACUUCUUUUGUUGGCCAGUUUACUGCUAUCAAUAUGCCGGGAACUGUAUGCACGACAUCGUCGCUAGCCACCAAUUUACGAAGGAGGAACGAGUUCAGCGGGUUCGGGACCAAGACAAAGCCCUAGAAGAACAAAUCCGACAAGCUCACGGCUUCCCGGCGAAA